CAAAAAGUUGGCCGUCCUCCCAAAAUCCUAACCAACAACUCCACCAUUUUCACGAUUCCAACUACCCACCCAACCCUUUCUUUCGCGCCCAAACGCCGCCAAAAUGAUGCUCGAAGCACCUCCUCCCCGACGCCACAUCUCCAGCGCGCCCAUCUCUCUCGACGCUGCAUCGGCCAUCCUCGAAAAGUACCUCACAAACUCGGAAACGUACCCACAUCUCCAUCCCGAUGCGACUAUCACACCAGAAGGUGUCGCAUUCAAUGCGCAAGGCGGUGCCAUGGGAAACCCAAUCAUGCACCACUUGCGCCGUGUAGCAGCGGGUAUGCGCGGCGAGUACCAAGAACCAGAACGAGCGCUAGACGAGGAAGACGACCAACAAAACGCAACCACGGAUGUCACUGUCACUAGUGGUCGCAAGGGCGGUCUCAAGAAGUCCAGCAAGACUGCUGCGGUUGCCGAGGGAGAAUGGCAGGACCUGGCUGAGUAUCAGGCCGAGCAGGGAGAUAUUGAGAUUGGAGAGAUUGGCGAUAGGACGAAUGUUGUGCAGGAGGGUGGUGAAGAGCCUCAGGUACAGUCUACCAAGGGUAAAGACAAGAAGAGGACGAAUGCGCAGGUGGAGGAGCAGGGCCCCGCGGAUGGCGCGAUAGACAAGGAAGCGAGGAAGAGGGCGAAGAAAGAACGAGACCAGCAGAGGAAAAAGGAAAAGGCUGCGAAGGGCAAGUCAAAAGAAUAAAGGUGUCAGAUAUCACAAUCUGGGCAAGGAAUACAGUGGCAACGACUUUGACGGACACCUCGGCCAUUGCAUUUGGGCUGUAAUCUACGAACUCUUCGUCGCAUUUGCGACCCUACGAGGUCAAGUUCCCAUGACCUUUUAUACCCGAUAUUGUACAAAAUCCGUUCGAGAUCCACGCCUAGAGUUCCCGAUCCGCUGCCUUGAUAGGCUUC